GGAGUCUGGAGCUUACUAUAAAGUUAGACAUUCCAGUCAAGAGGGAGAGCAGAAAGGGAUCGAACCAUGAAGGAGGACCUGAAGUUAAACAUGACCGCUGAUGACUGCAUGAAACCCAGCGACAAAGAGAAAACAAGAAUAAAGAUGAAAAACUUGAGAAACAGAAUCGGACUCUUCUUGAAGAUAAACAUACCUCAUUCCAUGCACAACAAAUCGCACAGGCCGACCGCAGACGAUGUGAGCCAGUGGGCGCAGUCGCUUGACAAACUUCUGGGUCAUAAAUACGGCAAAGCGGCUUUCUGCAUCUUCUUGAAGACCGAGUUCUGCGAGGAGAACAUCGAGUUCUGGUCGGCGUGCGAGGACUUCAGGAAGCUCUCCUCACACCAAGAGUUGACAUCCAAAGCCAAAAGCAUUUACGAGGAAUUCAUCAAAACCGAAGCCCCCAAAGAGGUCAACCUGGACUUUUCCACAAAAAACAAAAUCAUCCAGAGUCUCCCGGAUCUGAAUGCAACCAGCUUUCUGGCAGCUCAGAGAAAAAUCUACAGCCUGAUGGAGAACAACUCCUACCCGAGGUUCAUUCUGUCCGACCUCUACCAAGAACUGUAUGCAGCUGCGAAGAGAAGACACAACUCCUGAUUAAUUGACUCUUGACUACGCGGAUCCCCUCCCAGGGACCCGACAACUGAGCAUAAUCAAUCGAGACCUACUCAGUGGCCUAGUGGUUAGAGUGUCCGCCCCUGAGAUCGGUCGGUUGUGAGUUCAAACCCUGACCAUAACUUAACAAAUCAUGAUCCGGGCCACGGAUCAUGACAGUACCUCCCCCCGUGAGGACAGAUUCCAGAUGUCCACAAAAAAAUCAAGUUCAACAAUCACGGGAGGGCGGAGGGAGGACUUGGCCAAGUGUCCUCACAACCAGCAAGGAAGAGUCAGGUGGCGGCGAAGCGUUGAACGCCAGAGAAGCACAAUUCUUGACGGUAUGCAUGGUGUCCCUGGGAUUAAAGGCCUAACUUUAUCUCCUCCAAACAUAUUCCUGGGUGUUGCUGCCAAAUAGCUAAAUUUUUGUUACAUCUGACUACAGAACUUUCCUCCAGAAGGUGUUAUCUUUGUCCAGGGGAUGUCAGAUGAAACAAAAAUCAAGCUGUUUUGCCACAAUAACCAGCAAUCUGUUUGGAGGAGAAAAGGUGAGGCCUUUCAGUGGCCUAGUGGUUAGAGUGUCCGCCCCUGAGAUCGGUCGGUUGUGAGUUCGAACCCUGACCGUAACUUAACAAAACAUGAUACGGGCCACGGAUCAUGACAGUACCUCCCCCCGUGAGGACAGAUUCCAGAUAUCCACAAACAAAACAAGUUCAACAAUCACGGGAGGGCGGAGGGAGGACUUGGCCAAGUGUCCUCGCAACCAGCAAGGAAGAGUCAUGUGGCGGCUAAGCGUUGAACGCCAGAGAAGCACAAAACAAGACUUAAGGAAGAACAUAACUAAACAAAACAUGAUCCACCUUUACCACUUUUGACAUGUGUUUGGGGUAAUUGUCCUGUUGGAACACACGACUGCGCCCAAGACCCAACCUCGGGGCUGAUGAUUAUAGGUCGUCCUGAAGAAUUUUCAUUGUCCCGUUUACUCUCUGUAAUGCACCAGUUCCAUGGGCAGCAAAACAGGUCCAGAGCGUAAUACUACCACCACUAUUCUUGACGGUAUGCAUGGUGUCCCUGGGAUUAAAGGCCUCACUUUAUCUCCUCCAAACAUAUUCCUGGGUAUUGUUGCCAAAUAGCUCGAUUUUUGUUAGAUCGGACCACAGAACUUUCCUCCAGAAGGUCUUAUCUUUGUCCAGGGGGUGUCAGAUGAAACAUAAAUCGAGCUGUUCGGCCACAAUAACCAGCAAUCUGUUUGGAGGAGAAAAGGUGAGGCCUUUCAGUGGCCUAGUGGUUAGAGUGUCCGCCCCUGAGAUCGGUCGGUUGUGAGUUCAAACCCUGACCAUAACUUAACAAAACAUGUUCCGGGCCACGGAUCAUGACAGUACCUCCCCCCGUGAGGACAGAUUCCAGAUGUCCACAAAAAAAACAAGUUCAACAAUCACGGGAGGGCGGAGGGAGGACUUGGCCAAGUGUCCUCACAACCAGCAAGGAAGAGUCAGGUGGCGGCUAAGCGUUGAACGCCAGAGAAGCACAAAACAAGACUUAAGGAAGAACAUAACUAAACAAAACAUGAUCCACCUUUACCACUUUUGACAUGUGUUUGGGGUAAUUGUCCUGUUGGAACACACGACUGCGCCCAAGACCCAACCUCCGGGCUGAUGAUUAUAGGUGUUCCUGAAGAAUUUUCACUGUCCCAUUUACUCUCUGUAAUGCACCAACUCCAUGGGCAGCAAAACAGGUCCAGAGCGUAAUACUAUCACCACUAUUCUUGACGGUAUGCAUGGUGUUCCUGGGAUUAAAGGCCUAACUUUAUCUCCUCCAAACAUAUUCCUGGGUGUUGUUGCCAAAUAGCUCGAUUUUUGUUUCAUCUGACCACAGAACUUUCCUCCAGAAGGUCUUAUCUUUGUCCAGGGGAUGUCAGAUGAAACAAAAAUCGAGCUGCAAUCUGUCUGGAGGAGAAAAGGUGAGGCCAUUCAGUGGCCUAGUGGUUAGAGUGUACACCCCUGAGGUCGGAAGGUCGUGAGUUCAAACCCCGGCCAAGUCAUACCAAAGACUAUAAAAAUGGGACCCCUUACCUCCCUUGCUUGGCACUCAGCUUCAAGGGUCGGAAUUGGGGGUUGAAUCACUAAAAAUGAUUCCUGGGCGCUGGCUCCCCUCACCUUUCAGGGGGUGAACAAGGGUUUGGGCUAAAUGCAGAGGACACAUUUCACCAAACCUCGAGUGUGUGAGACCAUCAUUGGUACUUUGACUUAACUUAACAACUUGAAGGACUUUCGACCGUGGAUUUUUAAACGGGUCUUUCAUUUCUCCCCGAUGGGAUUCUUAAGUGAUAUUUCCCUGGCCGGUCCGUAGAAAUGCAUUGUCAUACUGUGAUCAAAGCACCUGUACGCGCUGAUAUCAACCCAAAGUACGGUGUUUUGCUAAAGUCUUCAGAGCGGGUCGUGACGGUCUGAAGCAACCUGUGAAGUCAGAAUGCACUUUUGACGACACAAGACCGUUAUACGUAUGUUGUUGUCUGGUAUUAAACGGAAAUGUGUUGUUUUUUUUCUACGCAGGAUUAAUAGUUCGGUUCAUCACGAAAAUAACCCUUUGUGAAGCAACUCUUACUACCAGUCUUGCAUAACAAUAAUCAUCAUAAUUAAUUGGAUUUUUAUAAGGCGUUAUUUCAUUUUCAGAACAAUUUACAGUGAAAAAUGAUAAUAAUUAGUCACACCAUGUUGGUAAAUGAAUGAAUUUCACAAUAAGAUGUUUUAAGUGUGCAGAGAGCCUGGCUUUGCAUCCCAAAGUCAGAUCGUCGAUAUUGGUUUCCAUGACUGUUAGUAAACAUGCAUUGCUUGUUUUAUGUCAAUUUUGUUCCGUUCGGACGAGUUUAAAAUGAUUGCCUGGCUAAUUGUCAUUAGCUUGUCUGUUAUAUGUUAGCAUUGAGCUAAGGGCAUAAGAGCCAACUUUUUCCCCCCCCAAGUAGGGGAAAAUGUAUCGUUGAUUUGACAUGAUUAAAACAUGUACAUGCACUUUAUAUGUAUGUUAAUGUGAAUUCCAGUGUGUGAGUGAUUUUAUUGUAAUUUCAAGUUGUUUUUUAAUGUCUAAUUUAAAAGACUGUUUUUUGUUUUUCAUAUCUGCCAAACAUUCACGAAGGGCGGAAUAUUGUAUGUAAAUAAAUGAUGUGUAAAUAAA